CGGGAUUCGAUGAACAAUUAACAUUGCAUCUGCGAAGGCCUACAGGGCAGAGCAACUGACCGACCAGCCGGCAUGGGGUUUGUGGGAGGUGUGCGAGGGUUUCUGCUGGGGUUGGGCAGCGGGUGGUUCUUGUACCACCUGGCCUCCUCCGACUUGGCAAACACCACAGCACAAGCACAGGCACAGAUUGAUACUGCAGCACAAACGCUGGCUUCUUUUUCUUCCCACCCUUCCUCCAAGCAACCAGAGCCAUCGCUGAUGGAAGGUGUGCCGGAAUCACGCUCCCUGAGCGACUUCCAACAGUCGUGGAACUCGUUUGCAACGCGGCUGGCCAGCCAACAGAGCGAUGACGGCGUGCUGCCCCUGCAGGAGAAGGUUUGGGCUGGUGCACGACAAGUGUUUGCGUCUGUGCGGGAUUUGAUGUCAUCGUCACAACAGGACUGAGCUGUGGCGGCUGAUUUGCGGUCGUGGCUGCUUGCUUGGGUCCCCACGCGUGUUGCCUUUCGUGGUUGGUUGGUUGUUGUUGCUGUUUGUACAUACACGUAUGCAUAGAAAGGGAGGAGGAGGAGGAGGAGUAAACAAACCCCAUCAGUCA